AGGAUGAAUUGUUGCUGAGGAUGACGUCAUGGUCGUUGUUUCGAAUGUCGGGAGCCAGCGCUGGUUAGGAGGCCGCGCGCAGUGUCGGGGACAGAUAACUUGUACAAAUCUGAAGACCAAGGUCGUCGACAGCCCUCGGUACUUUGAAUUUCAGGAAUAUCCUCUCCCAUCCCCCUUACCCCCCCCAGUUGUCAGAGAGCAUGGCUCAGGAGACCAAUCAGACGCAGGUGCCAAUGCUUUGCACUAUGGGAUGCGGUUUCUAUGGUAACCCCCGCACCAACGGCAUGUGCUCGGUCUGCUACAAGGAACACCUGCAGAGACAACAGGGAGGGGGGCGAUCCAGCCCCCCGGGAGAGAAAGCUGCUACAUCGCCGGCCGGGUCUCCUGGAGCAGCUGGAGUAUCUGUGGAGAGCACGUCCUCGGAGCCCAGUACAGAGGGAGUGGGAACCCCACCUGAAGAUAGGACGCCAAGUCCCAGCUCUCCCAGCCCAGUAACUCAGCAGAUGACAGCUAUGAGCAUCUCCCAGGAUUCAGGAGCUGUAGACUCUGAUCGAGCUGAGGCUGAGGAGGAAGAGGACGAGGGAACUUCCAAAAACACAGGGCCAGUGGGGGAAGCAGCACAGGCUUCUUCUGAUGGUGACCAAACACCUGAUAAAAACAAGAAAAAGAAUCGCUGCUUCUCCUGCCGGAAGAAAGUGGGCCUCACUGGUUUUGACUGUCGCUGUGGUAACCUGUUCUGCGCCAUUCAUCGCUACUCUGACAAACACGACUGUCCCUAUGAUUACCGGAGUGCAGCUGCCGCCCGCAUACGCAAGGAGAACCCCAUCGUGGUGGCCGAGAAAAUUCAGAAGUUAUGAGGACUGAGUGCUUACAGUGUGUCUCUGACGCAGUGUGAAUUUGGAACAAUGGCGACUUGGCUGAAAAAACACCUGAUAAAAUGGCUUCAUUUGUUCAUGGUAGUUUAAGAUGGGUGGGGUGGGGUGGUGUGGUCACAGCUCCUGUCCAGACACUUCCUUCGCUAGCAUCUCCCUCUCUCUCCACCAGUGACUGUUUGAGACUAAGUGUGUGUGUAUGAAGGUGUGUGUGCACAUAUGCUUGAGAGUCAGGGAGAGAGCAGUAGGGACAUGGUGGGCAUGAGGGUUGCUGUGGGGGGGAGACCUUUGAUUUUACCCCUUUUUGUUGUUUCUCAACUUGGGGGAUCAUGUGGGUUUAUUUUUAUACAGUCCCUGUAAGGUAUUUGAAAUGAGACUGGUAAGCUGUUUAAGAACAUGUUACAGCUCUAAUGAGGACAGAAGAGGGGUCAAUUUAGACAUCUGGUAAGCUAAAGAGCCUAACUGGGAGUCAGCAGGACCUUUUUAUGUCUUGAGAACAUAAAUUAUUCUCCCAGACUAAAAAUGAUGUCAACUUCUUGUCAAAUUGGCCUAUUUUUUCUUCUCGCUUCUUCUCACCCUUACUCAAUGGUUCACCACAUGUUGAACUCCCAAGUCUCUGCAUUUUCCAGAAAUGUUUCUCUUUGAUAUAUUGACUUAUCAUACCGAUGUGGGGUGCAUGAACAGUUAUUUGAGGGGACAGGUGGGGGAGGGAAGGGGUAGGGAAAAUUGAGAGCCUUGACUUAACUGAGUGAUUGAAUCCUGUAUUUUUUUUUUCCUUUCUGUUUCAAUGAGCGUAUGACAUCAGAAGAUCUAUAUUAAUAUAUUGUAGUUAGCUUGAAUUGUGUGAUUGCAUUCUAUUUAUUUUUUUAUCGUUUGGUUGGUCUGUGCUGGAGGAUUGGCAGCAUGUGUCAGCAAAUCAUUAUGAUUUGCGUUUAACCUUUUCAAUUAUAUUUAAGUAAUUCCAUCUUGAUUAUAUAACCAUUUGAAGAUAAAAUACACAAGCUCUGACAUGGAGUAGAGUCCAGUUAAGCCAUUACGGUGAAGAUUGUGCAGCAAAAUGUCACUUAUGUUGGAUUUGGAAAUAAAGCACAAGUAACUAAUGUGUGUCAACUGCAGAGCACAAAAUAACAUGUGCCACCCCUACUCAGUUUUGUUCAGCAUCUGGGUCAUUUGUAAUUUAUAGUUGAUCUGUGUAUAGCAGGCGUGCUGAAGAAAUUGCCUGCUUGCUUGAUUGAUGAGACAUUCUGUUUCAGUAAGACACAAUGUUGUGUUGUCCUUGAAUGCCCUUUUCUGUUCCAUGGAGUGGAACCCAGUGAAGCUCCAUGUUUCUCUAACCACCAGCAGACCACUGACACAUGCUGAAUGAAAACUGAACCGGGUCGUAGUUACUCUCCACGGUGACACACCUUUUGCUCUCAGCCGAAGUGAAUAUUGCAAUACUACGGAGCUGCGUGCUGUGCUUUUACAAUGUGCUCAGAUUCUGAAGAGUCCUUGCUAAGGAGACUGCUUCUAGCUAGCUACUUCUAGGAAGAUCAAAUUUACAUGCAUGUGUGUGCAGUCAGACAUAAUGAGUUAUUCUUUUAUAACUGACUGCACAAUUUGAAAUGAAGCAAGCAAGAAUGUUAAAAUGACACACAGCAGUAGCACAAUGCAUGCAUGGCUGGAACCUUGACUGAGGUUCAAGUUAACAGGACUCUACUGUUUUUUUUCCCAAAUGUAAAUACCAUAUGGCUCCUAUUCAUAUAGUAUAAUCUUAAUGUAGAUUUUUGCCAGGUUAUAAAGGUGGGGGGUUAAGGUGAAGAAUAGUACUAUGUGUAUAAAAGUGCUUUUUUCAUAAUUACCCAAAAGAAAAAAAGAAAUGUGCCACAAACAGCACUGAUUUGAUUUCCAUCUGUUUUGCCCGUUUCAUUCACAGAUUAUUUGUGACCUACAAUAGUGGGCAGAUUGUUGUCAGCAAAAAAAACAUUGCACUGACACGCUAACCACCACUAGUGUCGUGCAGGAUUGCUGCAAGCUCUUGGGUGUCCACUCAGCAUCUCCUGUUUUUUAUUAUUUUUACUUUUUAAACUCAUCAACCCAUGUUAUGUCCAAAAUACUGACUGUAACUGGCUCCUUGGUUUGUAGUAUACAAGACUAAUCAGAUUAUUAAAAAGCCCUUAAAAUUAAGCUUUAUUAUUAGCCUUGCUGAAUUACACAAGAUCUCAGCCCAUGCCUAUAUCUCGCUAUUGAAGAUUGUUCCUAUACCGUAGUGAUACUAUUGAAAGUUGUUUGGCCUGUGUGAGAUGUUGACUGAAGUGAGAGGUUUCAUUUGGGCUUUCAUGAGCUGGUAUUUAAAACAAUUGUUUAAUCUUUAUCAUUAAAUAUUUAUGGGGGAAAGGAUGGACAGGGAAUGCACUUUCUAGGAAAGCCCGGCACAGAAGGUGUGAGAUGUGAAUGACUCCCUCCCUUCUGCAUGAGGGAUGUCACAUUUUGGCCAGCCUGAAAUUAGCUCCGUCUUAUGAAAUUGAAGAAUUAACUCGUAUCACGAUUCCCAUUAAACAAAGUUUUAGUGAUGAGAAACUCUUAAGUGGCUUAGUGACUUAGCAUGCAAACAUCAAGACCGUCAUUAUGUUGGAUAAGCCAGUCAUCUAAAGCCCCUGAAGCUUCAGAGAGCCAGAAAAAACAUCGGACCUUGUUGGCUGUCAUUUAAUUACUUGCUCACUCUCUCAGCUCUAGUGGAUGAUUAAAACUGAAGAGGAGCUGAUAGGGAUUGUUGUGUGAUGAUAAUGUGCAAGGAGAAUAAUUGUCAUAUUUGGGGGGGUGCUUGUGGUUGGAGCAGCUUUCCAGUUUGCUGUUCUCUAAGGUGUGUCUUAUGUUCGUUUGUUUGUUUGGUUGGUUGGUUUUUAAAGGAUAUGCAGUUGUACAUGUAUAGUGAUUCAUCCAAAAAGUUAUCCCCUACAAAAUCCUGUUCACUUUUCCUCAGCAAAUCAAAAGCAAAAUAAUUAGGCUCUUCCUAGUUUCUAACUUGAUCUAGAAAUGGGAGUGAGUGUGUUUUUAGAAGGAGAGAUGGUCCUAAUUAAUUGGCCAGGCUUAUCCUUUACUAAUGGGGGGAAAAAGCCUGUCUCUUACUCGGGCUGGUGGUUCAGAUAUGUGCAUCUUGCUGUCAUUAUGGUUUACACUUGCCCAUUUGCCGUUUUCUAUUGACUGCUCAUAUCACCCCUUUUUGUUGUUUCUUUUUUUUUCUUUUUCUUCUUCUUUUUUUUUUUUUUUUAAUGUGAGCGGUUUGAAUGUAAACCACCACAGAUCAUGCAGUACACAGUCAAUGUCAUUUAUGAAGCUAUCCCUUGCUCUGGAUCCUUUUUUUUUUUUUUUUUUUUAAAGUGGAGGAUGGAAGCCCAGUGUGCUUAAAUGUAAUCUGAGACAGCUGAUUUACUGCAUUUGUUUUGAGUGUUUGUGGUGAAAGACCUGGCACCAGCAAUUCAGGCAACCGUACCUAGAUAUUCUAGAUAUUAUAAAUACAUAUACUUAUCUCUUAAUUCUUCCUUUAAUUCAGUUGCUUUGAUGGAAUUUUGAUGUCUUCAACCCGGUUUUUAGCACAACUUUACAUAAUCAUAGUCUUCAUCGAGGUUUUUGGUCGAUAGUAAUAACAAACCAGCCAAUGAUAAUGACUCUUGUUAAAAUUCUGUCGCAGCGGAGCUGAGUAUCCAUGAAAGACAGUGAAGAUGACUUGAUUCAGUCUGUCUUUGAAUAUUUGCUCAAGGGACAGAUGAAUUCUACAAUAUUCAUACAGCUACAGUUAAUGUGCUGCAGAAAGUCCAUUGGCACUCCAGUCCCCCAGAAACACCACCAGAUCUUUUAUUUUGUUUUUUUCUUUAAAAAAAAUUUAGGAUUGUAUGAUGUGUAAGAGUAAGUAUAAAACAAUAAAAUCACAAAGUUUAUUUUAAAAUA